UCAGACUCCUCAGACUCCUCAAAAUCAAGUGUACCUAUUUCUCCUCAGGCUAGAUAGCCCAGGUCACCCUGGACAUCAUACAGCACAUAUGUUCUAGCAGGAUAUGAAAAGGAAUUUUAAGAAAGAACCCAGAUGGCAGUAGUCUUAUGACAUUCUCUUGACCAUCCCCAUGACUCUAUGGGGCUCUAGACCAUCCUUGAGGAUACAAGAGUGACAAGCCACAACUACAUCAAAAUUUGUAGCAAAUAAGAGCUCCAGAACUGGGCGUGUCCUCCUGACAUGGCCUCCACCGCCUCCCCUCUGCCGCCUACCACUGAGGUUGCCAGUUCUGAGAACAGCAGCUCCUUCUAUGACUACGAGUACUACCUGGACAGUGUGGCCUUCAUGCUCUGCCGGAAGGAUGAGGUGAUGUCCUUUGGCAGAAUCUUCCUGCCAGUCUUCUACAGCCUGAUCUUUGUGCUGGGUUUGGGAGGAAACCUCUUUCUUCUAGUGGUCUUGCUCCGGUACAUGCCUCGCAGGCGGAUGACUGAGGUCUAUCUGCUGAACCUGGCCAUCUCCAACCUCCUGUUUGUGGUGACACUGCCUUUCUGGGGCAUCUCUGUGGCCUGGCAUUGGGUCUUUGGGAGUUUCUUAUGCAAGAUGGUGAGCACCCUCUAUACCAUCAACUUCUACAGUGGCAUCUUCUUCAUUAGCUGCAUGAGCCUGGACAAGUACCUGGAGAUCGUCCACACUCAGCCCCACCACAGACUGAGGACCCGGGCCAAAAGCCUGCUCCUGGCUGCCAUGGUAUGGACUGUGGCCCUGGCUGUCUCCAUCCCUGACAUGGUCUUUGUGCAGACACAUGAAAACCCUACAGGCGUGUGGAACUGCUAUGCAGAUUUCGGAGGACAUGGGACCAUCUGGAAGCUCUUUCUCCGUUUCCAGCAGAACCUCCUGGGGUUUCUCCUUCCGCUCCUUGUCAUGAUCUUCUUCUACUCCCGCAUUGGCUCUGUGCUGGUCAGGCUGAGGCCCCCAGGCCAGGGCCGGGCUCUGAAGAUAGUCGUAGCCCUCGUGGUGGCCUUCUUUGUGCUGUGGUUCCCAUACAACCUCACCUUGUUUCUGCACUCACUGCUGGACCUGCAAAUCUUUGGGGACUGCAAGGUUAGCCAGCACUUGGACUAUGCCCUGCAGGUGACAGAGAGCAUUGCCUUCCUUCACUGCUGCUUCACUCCCAUUCUCUAUGCCUUCUCCAGCCGCCACUUCCGCGGGUACCUGAAGGCUUUCCUCAUCACUGUGCUCCGGCACAACCAGGCUGCUCGCCCUGCACAGGCCCCACUGUCCAGCUGUUCUGAGAGUAGCAGGCUCACUGCCCAAGAAGAAAUGACUGGCAUGAAUGACCUUGGGGAGAGGCAGGCUGAGCACUCCCCUGACAUGAAUGACACGGGAGAAAAUGAAGCCUGAGUGGCCAUACCACAGUCUGGUGAGAGUGGAUGGGACCCAGCUCAGUUGGGCAUCUACCCAAAGUCCUCUCUUCAAGGGCCUCAUGGACCAUGUUGUCAAACCCAGUGGUCAGUUCUCAGUUCUCAACCAUCAGCAGCAUUUACUUACUCCUGUCUCUUCCUUUCACUUUCUUUAUUGCCUUCCAGGAAAUCAUACUCUCUUGCAUGAAUCGCUACAGUAGUGUCCUAACUGACCUCUGUGCUUCUUAUCAUCAUGUUAUGUCCUGUCAUCUAAUCUGCUCCCAGCAGCCAGCAUGAUCACCCACCCUCAGCCAUCACUGCCGUCUUCCUCAGAGUAGUCCAAGGCUUGCCACCCACCAGUGUGCCCUCUUCCCUGUAGCUCAGCUGGGAAAAUAUUGUUGCAGUAUCAUUUAAUGUCACAGCUUUGAUGGCACUGCCAAGGGUCUGGCAAGCCGGAGGGCCUGGAAGUGCCCCACCUGGGGAACUUCCCAGGAACAUGAGAGUCAGCAGGUGGGAUGCCAGGUGAACAUGGCAGUCCAGGAGGCUCUUCCUUCUUGUGCUUCCCAUGCCCCACUCUGGAGCCUUCAAGGGUCCCUGGGGCCGCACAAUCAAGUCUAAAUUUUUUGUCUGGCUUCAGGGCUGGAGCUUUCACAUGUAGAAUCCCAUACGCCAUCUUACCCUUAUAGUCCGUCCUUCCUUUUCACUUCCUGGACACCAGGAACCCCUUGUCUCUUACACAUUCCCACCUCUAUGUUUUGUGCUUGCCCACUUUCUUGUGUAACAGGGAUCAUUUUUUUCAGCCAGCUGUCCCCUCAUCCUUGUUCUUUAGCUGUCUCUCCUAAGGCCCCAGAGUCCCACUGUCAGGAAGGACUCUGAGCUCCAUUGGUGCCCUGGGAAAUGAAGCUCUGUAUCUGAAGGUGGUGAUUUGUUUGAGGAGGUGGGGGAGUGGGGUUCUAUUUUGGAGCUCCUGAAAUCUGGUGCACAAGGGACCUCAGUCCUGCCCACAUAGCAGCCUGACUGGUGAGAUACAGCCUGAGCUGUAACAACUGGGUCUAGGUACCCAGAGUCUCUGACAUCGUAUCCAUGAUGCAUAGAUGAGAUGGGAUAAGGUAUGCCAGCCAAGGGACACCUAGCAGGGCUUAUCCCCAGCACUGGCAGAUGUGUGUGCGUGUAGUCUAUGUGCACAUGUCUGUGUUGCUGUGUGGGCUGUGCAUAGUACAUAUAGCUAUGUGGAUCUGACAUGAAUGUGUCACCGUGUCCCCUGGGCCUUGUGUCUGUGUGUUCCUAUGUGUCUUUCUCUAGCUGUGUAAGUGUGGGUAUGUGCUCUGCAAACAACAGGUAUAUAAGAAGUGCCCUGAAGCCGGUGCCCAAGGGGCAGGGGAAAGGGUGGCCACCAGUGACCCCUCGGUCCCUCUCACUGUCCUAGUUGCCAUGUACUGCAACUGACCAUGGCGAGGGCUCUGACUACAGCACGGAAGGCACUGCUCAGGAAGCAAGUUGGAGCUGGGCUCUCACAGCCCAGGCCAGGACAGAGACUUCUUCAUCCUGACCUUACUUCCCAGUCCGCACCUCGGUUCCUCCUGCUGCUCUCCGUCUGCCCACCCAAAGGCCUAGUUCGCUGGCUACACUGCUCACGCCUUUCCAGGAAAGCUCCCAGGAUUCUCUUGGUCCUCAGACUCUGCGGCAAGAUGGACUCUUCCCCUGGCUGACCCAGGGAGAGGGACAGGCAUGGCUCUGCCUCUACCCUGUGAAAUGUGGUUUGAGGGUUUACAGCUAUUACUGCCUAUGGAAAAAAUAUUUUUCUUUCCCAGGUACCUGCAGUUCCACCUUUGGCAUGCCAUCUCUGAUCUUACUUUGUUAUAAGCUAUCCUUAGAGAAUACACAUAGUGGGCUUUUCUUUGAGGGAGAAAAAAUUUGGUGCAGAAAUGAGGAUUUGGGGGUCAGGACUGUUGUGUCAGGACAGGUAGUGAUUAGAUGUAUCCUUGGGGGUCUCAAUCUUCCUACUGCCUCAAGGUCCUUACUAGGGAAGGAAGGGUGGCCCUUGCAGAGAGUGUGUCCAGUCCCCAUGCAAGGGGCGUAGGACUACAGGUGCCAUGGGCCCCUCCUGUGCCCGCAGCUGGGCAUUGGCCCCUACCUGCACACUAUAAUCCUGGGUGCUCACUGCUUCCUGGGAGGCCUGUUGUUAUGGGCUGUGGGACGGUAUACUUGUAGUCACCCCACACCUCUGACCCACUGAGGCUUCCCUUGGUCCCAGGUAUACCCUCAAACAUGCAGUUCCUGGGAGAUCACUCUCAGUUGAGACCUCUUGGUCUUGACUUAAUGGAUUUGGGCCCUCAGUCCUGCCCCCCAGCCUGUUGACAGGCCAGGCCCUUGGUCCAGAUUUCUUUGGGUAUAGGGAAAAUGAGGGGGUGUAGCACCUGAGCAGUGCCCAGGAGGUGUGUGAAGGCCCUGCAUCUUUGCCUGUAUCCCAAUACCUGCUCUGGCACAGGGCCUGGCUGUGUGGGGAGGUCAUUGAUAAGCUCUCCAUGGUGGUUUCCAGCCUCUCAGUCCCCUUCUCCCUCCCCUGUUCUCCCUGUGUGUCUCUUCUUGUGCUCCUGGCCCCUUGUGGGAUAGGUUAGGAUAUCCUGGCUUCUCCAAGGCAGUCAGAGCUCUGUCAGGCUCUAGACAGAGGUUGUCAUUUGGGGGCAGUUAGACCCAGAGGAAGGCAGACUCUGGCCCACAGUCACAUAGCUAGUGGGGACAGACUCCUGCCUCCAGCCCCAGCCCCAGCCCCAGCCCCAGCCCUUGCCUGAGUUACUCUAAUAGCCUGUUAUCUUGGCAAAACUCAGGGCAGAACAGCCAGCCUCAAAAAAAUGCAGGAGGCCAGUCACAGAUUUGGGAGAGGUGAGUGGAGAGAAGCCCCACUAGGCAUCCUUGCAGGGGGUCUCUGCUGCCCAGCCUCCCUUCUCCAGGACCCUACGUCAGCUCCCAGUCACUGCUCCUCCUGUCCCAGCCCCAGCCACAGCCAGGCCCUGCCAUCAGCCAGCUGUGGCUCUGGUAGCAGCACUUCCAGCCCUGGUAGGCAGGCCUGGCAAUGGGACUGCCUCCAUUUCACAUGCCAGGAAGCUGAGUGAGGCCAGGGAGGGGAAGGAAUGAUUUGAGGACAUGAAGUAAAGUAGCUGAGACUGAGCCAAUUUUCUAUCAUUUAAUCUCCAUUUAGGGAAUUGGGGGUCAGGGAUGAAGUAAUAAGAUACCAAGCCCUGUGGGCUGCAGUCCGGGGGAGGGGGCAGGAGGAGGAAAGCAGGAAACAGAGAGCAACAACAAGUAACAGAUGUGCUGGGACACAAGCUGUGUCAGGGGAACCUCAGGGGAGGGAGCCCAUUUCUGGCCAGAGGCUGGAAUGGGUGAGAUCCAGGAAGGCCUCCAGGGUGGCAGUAAAAAGCAAGCAACUGUACUUUCCAGGCAGUUCCACUGGAGAAAGUUGGUAAGGCUGAAUUGCACUGGAUUGAACAUUUGGGCUCAACUGUGGCAAAAUUUAAAUGUUAGGUGCACGGAGGCGAUGGGGAACCAGAAAAGUGAAAGUAUGACAGGCAAAAGGUCUGGCGAAAGGUCUCUGGCAGCUGGGUGCACAGAGGGCCAGGCAGGCCUGGUGUGCAGAGUGCUGAGUCAUAGGAAUGGCAGUGGGGCUGGGGAAAAGAGGACAGUUUCGGAGGCACGACAGAGGGUUGAACUGACAGAACUGGGGCCUGACUGUAUGUGGGUGAGAGUGGGGAGGAGAUCCGGUUUCUCCCAGAUCUGUCCUGGGGGGAUGGGGUGGGUGGUGGUGUCCUGAGCAGAGGCAGGCAGGGUAAUCCGGAGAAGGAGGUGGUUCAGGACAGAGGUGGGGAGACAGAUGCUGAGUUCUGUGUGGGCCAAACUGAGUCAGAGGUGCUGUGGGACCCCAGCGGGGAGAUUGAGGGUCUGGAAGUAGGAGAGAGCUCUGAACUCAGCUGUGGUUGUGGAGAACGCAGGAGGGAUUGAGACCACCCUGAGGUGGGAGUGUGGAGGGGAGACAAGGGCACUGAAGUGGGGGGGCCUUGAAUAACUCCUAUGUGAAAGGCAGCGUUUCUCCAGACCUGCUCUAUCUAAUUCAGGGGCCACUAGCCACAUGUGGUUGGUGAGCACUAGAAUGUGGCUAGUCUGAAGUGACAUACACUGCAAGGGUAAAAAGUACAUACCAGAUUUUGAAGGCAACACACACACAAAAAGAAAUUAAAAAAAAAAAAAAUAUAUAUAUAUAUAUUUUUUUUUACUAAUG